GUUUGACUACUGCCUAUUCGCAAGACGUAAGUGUGUAUAAUAAGAUUCAUUCCGGAUAUAUGAGGCCUACAUUUCAUGAUUGUUACAGAAUGAAGUGCUACUUUGUGAUUCAAAGGCUCCAGUUCAUUAGCAAACACUUCUGACUGGAUAUUAUGUGUAUAGAUAUUAUGUAUAGACGUUGUGCCUGAUACUGUUGUCAGGUUGACUGCUAUAAUGAGACAUCAUUUUGGAAAGAAUGCUAAAGACCUAGGUUUGAUUAUGGUCUUCAAUAUUUAUUCAAACCUGAGAAUAAAAAAAGAAAACAACUUAAUUUUAUAAACAAUUUGAACUAAAGCUGAGUCUAAAGCUAAAAAUAAUAUUCAAAUGAAUGACCAAAGUCAGUUUAGAUUAAAAGAACAUCAAGCCAUCUAUAGAGCUAUUACUGGAUGUAAUGGAAAUGUUAUACAAGUCUUUGGACCUCCAAUGGUGGGAAAGUCUUGUCUCAUUCAGCAGGUAGUUCAAGAGAUAGCAGCUGCAGAUGAAGCCCACGGUAGAGAAACAAAAUGUCAUGAUAUUUGGUGUAAGAAUAUCUACACACUUCAAGACAUCUUCAAUCAAAUUAUCCAAGCUCUAUACCCUAACAAAGCUCAGACUUCAAAUGAUGACCUGGGAAACUCUUUUGAUAUGCAAUACAUCUUACAACAAAUUAAGAAACUUGUCUGUAAAUCUAAACGCUGCAGACAUAUUUUUAUCUUCCACAAGUGUGAGAGUUUUCCUGCCAAUGGAAGCAGUCAUUCGUUCCUGUCCUUCCUCGGGGAGAUAGUGACCACGCUUCAGUGCACUGAUCUCAACUUUCACCUGGUCUUCAGUACGUAUAAGAGAUUCUCUCUGAGUGGAUACAGGACUUCUCAAGUUAAUGUUGGAAUGUUGAUUGAUCCAUGGGAUAUCUUACAUCUAUUAAAACAAUACUCUCCAGGAGUGGAUGUCAUCCCGUAUGUCUACAUAUGUCAAAGAUAUCUCUGUCUUCCAGGGGCUAUAGUUCAGCUAGCUGUCAGAUAUAUUUCACAGAAUGUGUUCUGGCCUGAAACAUUGGAGCUCUUGAUAACUAAAGACAUGAAGUUCUACUCAAAGUUAUUUGAUACAAGAGUCAUUGAAGCAUUCAGCUGGUUGACAAAAUAUGAGCUGGAACUUAUUGCAUUGAUCAACAGUGUGGGUUGGAACCCCUACGAUAGAGAUCUGAUUGAACACUUAAUCAAUCAAGUAGAAAAGGGAGCCGACAGUUACUUUAAUUUGUUGACCAACUUAGUGAUCGAAGAAAUUGACCAGUCGAAUCUACUCUUCGUCCACCCUUUUGCCCUGUACAAAUGCAGCCUAGAUUGUCCAGUCAAUGAACAAGAAAGUUUGUGUAAAACUAACAGUUACACACAGUUUCUUGGACACGUCUUAAUAAAAGCCCAGACCAACAUUCAGAAACAUGGCAUCAAAGGUCAGACUUAUGGAUGUCCACGCAUGGAAUGGCCAUACAUAAAAUGUCUCUUCCAUAAAGCACUUGUUGGUGGAUUCAAGGACAUUCUAAGGGUAGCUGUUGUGGCGAGGAGACUAAUUAUGGUACUCUACCCCAACGAGGCCAAACAGUUUUACUCGGGACUCUACAGAACUACGCACCUUUAUGGCAGUCCAAGAGAAUCCGCCGUCAUGGAAGCUUGCCUUGGACACAUUACAGCUUCCGGAGCAGGAAUUGAUUUCCCAUUAGCCUUGGAGUACUUGAACUCUGCCCUAGACACGCUCAAAGUUUAUGGUCCAACAUUCUUCUACAAGUGGACUCUGAGACGCAAAGCAAUCAUCCUUUACAGAAUUUCAAGAUAUCCGGAGUCGACAAAAUAUUUCGAGAAAGCCAAAGCGGUGCAGGGAUUCCUUCCAAUGUCUCCAGACGACUACGAAAUUCUUUCUUUUUCGUUUCUGCAAGCCGAGGAGGAUGACGUCAUUGGAGAAAUCUAUGAGACUAUUCCCAUGAUAUUUACAGGCGACAAUGAAACAGCAUUGAAACAACUCUUAGCUCUAAGCUCAAACAUUCACGACAGAAUUGACUAUCAUCCUGACCUCGAUGUUUUGUUGAAUAACAUUGGCCUUGCAUUACAGAGAGGUUACAAGGAUCUGAAAGAGGCACUCAAAUGGUACACCAAGUCAUUACAACACCGCUCUAUGCUGGUGAAGAUCAACCCCCAGUUGAUGGUGGUCACGCUGAACAAUGUUGCUAUGAUCAAACUUAGUUUAGGAGAUUUAGUUGGUGCUGAAGGCGAUCUUCAGAAGGCUCUUACAAUAUUGCGAGAAGGUUGUUGGUACCAUUACAAUACAGCCUUGACCCUGGCCAGCUUGUCGGACAUUAAGAUCAAGCUUGGAAAGUUUGAGGAAGCGUACAACUUAGCUCUAAAGGCGGAAGAAAUCCUGAAAACCAUUUACAAGAACAACGACUACAGGCUGAAAAUAAACUUAGGAAUUUUUCAUUGCAGAUUUUUACUGGGACAUUUCGCAAACCAAUACAGGGGUGUUGAUUUGAUGGACCGUGACCUUCAAACCAUGGUGGACUUAGGGGCUAGUAUAAAUAAACACAUGAGCGAUGAUAGUCAUAAUAUUUUAUUAUCCAUCUACGAGCAUGGCAUGGUGAUCAACUGGAGGGUAUAUCCCGAGAGAUUCCGUGCGUACAAAGAGAUGUUUAUGAAACACGUAGAAGAGAACUCUUUGGUGAAGGAGAUGCUUCACAAAACUGAAGUCUUGCCUGGUCAACAAGCUCUGCUGACCGGACAUCAGCGUUUCUUUGACUACCUGAAAGUAACCGAAGACGUGGAGCUUCAGAAACUGCUGGACAUGUUGGCCCUCUCCUGCCCCAUUUGUAAAUGUUUUAAUGGAGUUCUUGGUAAAAAAAUGUGGUUAAAAGAUUUUUUAUCUCCCUUGCAGUUACAAAGACCUGUGACUGUCAGCAAUGAGAAACCAGUUGCACUUUUGCUGGCCCCCAAAGGGAACUUUGAUAAUGGAAGCAAGUGUCGACACUGUUUAGUGAAACAACAUAAUUCAGAAUUUGUUUUUAAUUACCAUUGGGCCCAAACAUUCCCCGCCAGAAACUUGACACCAGGAAGGCUUUGUUGCUUGCAAUGUUCAAGAGAUUUAAAUCAGAUUUUGUUAAGCUCCUGUCUUGUAAAUCCUUCCCAAAACACAGACAGUCAAUAUCACAGCAUCAAUCUCCCAGCCUCCAGCUGUGUCUUGAGUAACAGGAGUUUUUGUAUUGUCUUAAACCCCUCUGAUAUUAAUGACAAAUCCAGUUUUCAAAACUACGCGAACAUUUCCAAUAUUCAAAAUCUGGUUCUACAUGUAAUAAAUCCAUCUGUAUCCCUACAUAUAAUAAAUCCAUCUGUAUCUCUACAUGCAAUGAAUCCAUCUGUAUCUCUACAUACAAUGAAUUCAUUUGAUUCUCUUGAUGGAACACGCAUCAGUCAGAUUGUCACCAACGUAUCAGUUUCCUUUGACAACAAAGUCUAUCCUGAUCCAAUGAUGAACCAUGAAUCCAUUGCUCGGGAGGAAACUAAGAAUGUAUUAACACUUUUGAUAGCCAAUCCUUCCAUUUCUUCUGCGCAUAGCUCUUUGCUUAAUAUGCAUCUAUUAAAUCCUUCUGUUUAUUUAGAACAAACUCCUUGUCAAAGUCUGAGCUCGGCCGAUCCGUUGUAUUCUUUUCUGGAACAGAAUACAGCAAGCUUCAUUUCUUUAGGGCGCAGCUUAUUAAAUCCAUCCACUUCUAAUAUUGACUACUCUAAUUUACCAAAUAGUUUUUCUGUGGUAGUGGGUGAGAUACUAGAUGAAGCAGAAAUAAGAUGGAGCAUAAGGAAUCCAAAUUUGACAACGAACACUAAUUCAUCUAACUGCCCAUUCUCUGUUGUUAAUAAUACCAGCUUGGAGGGAUGUAACUCUUUCUCUUUCUACACUUUAAGUUCCACAUUCUCUUAUCAUGAUUAUCUCUCUUUGUCAUCUGCUCCAAUACAUGGGGCGGGCAUUGCAGAGUACUUAUGGACGGGUUGUUAUGUCAGCCAGGAGCACCGUAGUGUCCCUAGCAACCCUGUUUACUGUCUUGGCUCUGGUCAGUACGGGACUGACCGGGAUGUGAACAGCGGUUUUACCGAUUUGAGAGAAAGUUCAGUGGAGCGUGUGCCUCUGGUUCUGACUGGUCAGCUCUUGUCCGAGCACAGCGAACAAUGAAGGUUUAUAUUAACUCGGAUUUCUUAAACAAUCUGAAUCUAAAACAUUUUCAUUUCAUCAAGAAAGUAUAGGGGUGGCUUGGUGGCUGAGUGUUAAAGGGCCUGACUUCCGAUCGUGGUGUCUCGGGUUUGAAUCUCCAUGAAUUUCAGGAUUUUUUUAUGAAGCUACUGAUUUUACUCAACCUUAACGAGCACUUGACAUUAGUCGAGAAGACUAUAGGGGGUUGGUCCUUGUACCGGCCACAUGACACCCUCGUUAACCGUUGGUCAAAAAAAACAUAUGACCUUUACAUUAUCCAUAGAUUGUAAGUUCUGAAAGGGGCACCACUUUUAUAUGACAUUCACUAAACAAAUCUAGAUGUAGGUAUAUUAUGUUUAUAUGACAUUCACUAAACAAAUCUAGAUGUAGGUAUAUUAUGUUUAUAUGACAUUCACUAAACAAAUUUAGAUGUAGGUAUAUUAUGUUUAUAUGACAUUCACUAAACAAAUUUAGAUGUAGGUAUAUUAUGUUUAUAUGACAUUCACUAAACAAAUUUAGAUGUAGAUAUAUUAUGUUUAUAUGACAUUCACUAAACAAAUCUAGAUGUGGGUAUAUUAUGUUUAUAUGACAUUCACUAAACAAAUCUAGAUGUGGGUAUAUUAUGUUUAUAUGACAUUCACUAAACAAAUUUAGAUGUUGGUAUAUUAUGUUUAUAUGACAUUCACUAAACAAAUCUAGAUGUGGGUAUAUUAUGUUUAUAUGACAUUCACUAAACAAAUCUAGAUGUGGGUAUAUUAUGUUUAUAUGACAUUCACUAGACAAAUUUAGAUGUGGGUAUAUUAUGUUUAUAUGACAUUUACUAAACACAUUUAGAUGUAGGUAUAUUAUGUUUAUAUGACAUUCACUAAACAAAUUUAGAUGUGGGUAUAUUAUGUUUAUAUGACAUUUACUAAACAAAUUUAGAUGUUGGUAUAUUAUGUUUAUAUGACAUUUACUAAACAAAUUUAGGGACUUUUUGGCGCCAAAACGGCUGUGCCAAAAUGUCACGUACCGGAGCUGAUGAGAAGCUAGAGAUGAGAAAUAAAAUAUGUAGAGAACAGUGUGCAUCAUUACGAGUGAUAAGCCGCAAACGAUCGUGUACCUGAAUGUUUAGACUCAAGAUUUAAUACAUCACCUAGGAGAAGUCUUAGAUGUUGUUAGAAGCCAGUAGAUUCUGUUUAUCUGCUCAAAUAUACUGUUUGUGAUUUUUGAAAUGAUUAGUUCUCAGCCUCAUCGUGGCGCUCUGGUGGAAACGGUCUAUAGGGAAGCAAAAAAAACAAAAAAAAAACCUUUGGGGUUCCUAUGAACUGAGUCUAUUGCAUUUGCGGGGCUGGAAGAAAGCCCCAACAAACAUGCCACUAUCCACAUACCGUACCUCAAAGACAUACCUGCACGGCUGAUGUGGUACAGAGAAGUAAUAUGGGGGAGCUUCCCCGGUAUGCUCGGAUUUUGGCCUCGUUUCUAAUCCGGGCGUCUUGGGAAACCAGCAAUCGAUAAAAUACGGAUAUAUAAUAAUGUACAUCUGCUUGUAUCUUUACAAGACAGACGUUUGUUCAGACAGGCAGAUAGAGGCAAGCUUCUAUAGGGCCUAGAGUUCCAAGAGUCUUAGACUCAUCUCUAAGGACAAUUACGAAGAGGACGACGAAGAAAUUAUUGAUUUGUAUUGCUUGUUACAUGGAGUUAAUUCAUAAUUUUAUGAUGUUUUUCUUUCACGCUUGUAAAUAAAGAUUUACAUAUAUUAAGA